CCUAUAAUUAGUAUUUCUCUACAUACUCUUUCUUUCUCUAGGGGUCCAAUUAAUCCUCGUUUUCACAUUAGAACCAACCUCUAUUCCCCUUGAUCAUUAAAAACCACAAACACCCUAUGCUACACCUUUUUCCUAUCUCUAUGUUAGCUUCCAUGGACAUGGAGCCGGAGCCGGAGGAAGAAGAUCUUAACCUAGACCUAUCUCUCCAACCAUCUUCGCCCCCGGAGCCGGCCGGGGUCUUCUCCUGCAACUACUGCACCAGGAAGUUCUACAGCUCGCAAGCGCUGGGCGGUCACCAGAACGCUCACAAGCUCGAGCGGAGCAUCACAAAGAGGAGACGCGAGUCAGCUGCCGCUGCCGCCGCCGCCGUGCGCCCGCACGCGGGCGCAAGCUCCGGUGCGGUCGGUGGGAACUCGAGAGAUGCGCAGGUGGAGUCGGCGAGGGUUGCGUCGACGGAGAGGCAGAAAGGGGAGAAGAGCUACAAUGUGGGACGAUUUGAAACAGGGAUGAAGAAGAGUAAUGAAGAGCUUGCGGGUGAGAUUGAUUUGUCUCUAAAGCUAUGAAUACCAUGCAUGCACUACGUUUGUUUCCUCUUUUCCUUGCUCUUUAUAUUAUAUAUUUUCUUUCCUUCGGAUAAUAUAUAUCACACGUGUAGAUCCCCCUUCCCUACUUAAAAAAAAAACCUAU